AUGAGUGAUAUGGCUAAUUUUGAUUUAUCUAAAUUAUGGGGGAAUAGGGAUUUUGGGUCAGAUUAUGUAGGUUCUGUCAGGCAGUCGGGUGGUUUACUUUGCAUGUGGGACUCUGGGAGUUUUGAGUUCUGUGGAUCUGUAAAAAAAAGGAAUUUCAUUGUCGUUAAAGGCAGGUUAAAGGGGCAUAAUGAAUCUUUGUGUGUGGUGAAUGUUUAUGCUCCUCAAAGUACAAGGGCGAAACAGGAGCUUUGGAAUGACAUCUCUGCGGAGAUGGCGGUAGAGGAGGGAUUGUGGCUGGCUGCGGGUGAUUUCAACGCGGUUAGGUUUAAGGAAGAAAGAAGGAAUAGUGUUUUCAAACCGGCGUGUGCGAGUAAUUUUAAUAGUUUCAUUCAUCACAUGGAUCUUAUGGAGUACAAUAUGGUGGGGAAUCAGUUCACUUGCGUUAGAGCUAAUGGUAGAAAGCUUAGCAAGAUUGAUAGGUUUUUGGUGUCAUCCAAUCUUUUUAAUAAGUGGCCGGAGGCGUCUGUUAGAGCUUUGCAUAACCUACACUCAGAUCAUAGACCGUUAUUGCUUUCGUUAAGUGCCUUGAAUUAUGGUCAUAAACCGUUUAGGCUUUUUAAUUCUUGGCUAAAAAAAGAUGGGUUUGACGAGGUUGUGAGGUUAGCGGCGGCCAGUUUUAGCUUUGAGGGGGACCCGGAUUUAUUUUUAAACAAGAAAUUCGCUUUCAUUCGGUCGAAAAUAAAGUCAUGGAGGGAUGAGAUGGUUAAGAAAGAAGGAGAGGAAGAAAAAAGGGUGAGGGAGGAGCUUGAAAGAUUAGAAGAAGUCAUGGAAAGUAGGAGCUUGUCGGAGGAAGAAGAGUGGAUUUAUGAAGAAAUCAACAAACUUCUCAAGGAGUUGAGCUAUAGCAAAGGGGAAGAUCUUAGGCAAAGAGCUAGAAUCAAAUGGGCUAUUGAUGGAGAUGAAAACUCGAAGUAUUUUCAUGGUGUUAUUAACAAAAGAAAAGCCGCGAAUUCUAUUCCGGGGUUAAGUAUUAACGGCAACUGGGUGACGAAACCGUCUAAGGUCAAGAAGGAGGUUAUGUUGUUUUUUAAGAGAAAAUUUGUUGAAGAUUGUGAUAUUAGACCGUUUAUCUCUUGCAGUGGCAUUAAAACUUUGUCAAAUUCGAAGAAGGAGCUUCUGAUAGAAAGGUUCUCUAGGGAGGAAAUUAAGUUAGCGGUCUUUAGUUGUGGAGAUGACCGGGCCCCUGGUCCUGAUGAUGGCAGAAUUAACGUGGGUUGCGGUUCAUCCUUCAUUACCCUUAUUCCUAAAGUUAAAGACCCGGUGGAGCUCAACAAUUAUAGGCCAAUAAACCUGGUUGGAAUUAUUAGUAAAGUCAUAUCCAUAGUCCUUGCCAACCGGUUAAAGCUGGUGAUUUCUAAUGUGAUUUCAGAUUCUCAAUCGGCGUUCUUGAAGGAUAAAUUUAUUCUCGAUGGACCGCUUAUUGUGAAUGAACUGAUUACUUGGUGUAAGAAGAGGAAGAGACAAGCUUUCUUGCUUAAGAUUGACUUUGAAAAGGCGUAUGAUAACGUCAAUUGGUCCUUUGUUGUGGAUAUUAUGAAACAAAUGGGCUUUCCGGAGCUGUGGUGUCGAUGGAUUUGGGGGAUUCUAAAAUCUGCUAGGUCUUCGGUUUUAGUUAACGGUUCUCCCACUUUCGAGUUCAAGUGCGAAAAAGGAGUGCGCCAAGGUGACCCGAUUUCCCCAUUUAUUUUUCUGAUAGUUAUGGAAGCUCUUACGUUAUUGCUUGACAAGGCCAAGGAUGAAGGUAUUCUGAGAGGCUUGGCUACUCCGAAUGAUGGUCCUGUUAUUUCUCAUCUCCUGUUUGCCGAUGACGCUAUCAUUUUGGGGGAGUGGUGUUCGGAGAAUGUCUUGAAUGUUGUUAGAAUUCUUCGUGUCUUUCAUAUGUGUUCCGGUUUGAGAAUUAAUCUGUCUAAAUCUAACCUUUAUGGUUUGGGGGUGGAUGGAGGGGAUGUGGAGGUUAAGGCGGCUAGUGUAGGGUGCAAAGCGGAUUUUCUUCCGUUUCGUUACUUGGGGAUCAUGGUUGGAGCGAAUAUGAGUAAUGUCAAUAACUGGAAGCCAGUGUAUGAUGUUUUUCAAGCUAGACUAUCGAGGUGGAAGGCGAACUCUUUAUCCAUUGGGGGAAGCUCUAAUGAAGAGAAGAAAAUCCACUGGGUAGCAUGGGAUAAUGUGUCAAUCCCAAAAGAGUGUGGUGGCCUUGGUUUAAGUAAGCUUAAAGAUACCAAUUUGGCGCUCCUCUCGAAAUGGUGCUGGAGGUAUAAGAUGGAGGAAAAGAGCUUGUGGAGGAAAGUGAUCUCAGCAAUUCAUUGUGGGAUCCGAAGUUGGGAUUUUAUACCAUCUAAAAAAAAUUGGGGAAGUACAUGGAGCAAAACGGUGAAGUGGAUUACUAGAUCGAAAGUGGGUGAUUUACCAUUGAGAAGUUUCUUUAAAGGGGUUCCAGGUAGGGGUGACUCUAUUUCUUUUUGGCUUGACCCUUGGGUUGCUAUCGAGCCAUUAAAAGAUUUGUUCCCGAGUCUUUUCCAGAUUGAAGCAGUCAAAAAAUGCAGGCUUAGCGAGAGAUUGUCUACCGGCUCGGAUCAGGUUAAUUUCUGUUGGCAGUGGAAGAGAUCUCCGAUCCAAGGUUCAGAAACGGAGGAUUUGCAUCAGCUGAUCAGCUUAUUGGAGUCGGUUUCGAUGUCGGACAGAUCGGAUAGAUGGAUUUGGAUUGGAGAAGGUAAGGAUGUCUUCAGUGUGGCUGCUGUAAAGAAAACGAUUAUCAAAGGCAGGGGUUUGAGUACCGAUUCAAACUUUAAGUGGUGCAAGUGGGUUCCAGCCAAGUCCAAUGUUUUGUGGAAUUUUGUUAGUAAAUGGUGCCGUGUUCCGCAAAUCUUUGCAUUCUCCGUUCAAGAUUUGUUGGAAUCUUAUGUUACGUGUGGCCUUAAGGAGCCGGAAAAACUCAUUUUUCAAGGUGUCUUGAUCAUAGCUUGUUGGAGUCUUUGGAAGGUUAGAAACGAAGCUCGAUUUAGGAAUGUGCCGGUUAAAAUAGAGAAGGUUAUUAGUGAGGUUAAGGCGUUGGGGUUUCUUUGGGUUAAGAAUAGGACGAAAUUUAAGAAAUUAUCUUGGGAGAACUGGUCAACAUACCGCGAGUUUCUCACUUUCCAAACGCCGACACCAUCUCGUUCCGGAGUACCAUCUCCCAACGUUCGUGCCUCUAACACCCCCUCACGUGUUGACCUUACUCCCAAAGGGGUUGCUAAUAACUUUCUUGAGUUAAGGUCUCUUCUUAACCAAUACGUGAGUAAGGAACGAGACAAGGGAGUGAGGAUCCGUCUGGAUUAUGACGAGCCAGAACCAUCACUAUCUCAUGGACCUCCCUCUCUUCCUUUUGCAAGCUCACAACCAGCUGUGUCUAGGAAUGAGGCUGGUCCUAGCAAUCCUCCUCCAAAUCCUAACCCAUAUUUGUACACGAGGUCAGAUCCAACGUCUUUUCCUCUCUUUUCCUCCCAACCAGUUGCAACCGGUGCUCCCUUGGGGCACGAGCUGACUUUGGACCAGCUCCUACAAUCUCCAGUAACAAGCCUUCCACCCUCAGCAACAACUACAUGGGAACAAGCUUUGUAUGUGCUUCCCUUGGCACGGAGUGCCGUUAUGAGCACUCCUUUGGGAGUAAACUGCCCAGUUGCAACUGGAAGCCUUCAAGGCUUCAACCUCAUGUCUCAGAUGAUGGCCCAGAUGAUGGCAAGCUUCCCAUGGCAACACUUUAUUAACCAAGUGCUGGCCACCCAAGGGAACAACAAUAACAAUAACCACACAGGUGCAAGAGUGGAAGAGGAUUUGGCCAAGCCAUAUAAACCAAGCAACCUGUCAUGCUUCUCCUAG